UACUCCACUCUUUCUUACCUAUAUCCCUUCUUCAAACAUUAUAUAUUACUCACUUCUUAUCACUUUCUUUUGGCUUCUUCUUGUGCAAACUAUAGUUUCACUACCUACAUAUUCUUCUUCUUCUCCUUUUGGUUGUAAUGCACAGCUAAAUUGAGUUGGCGAACAGUAACAACAAUGGUGGAAGAAAUUCAGACAAAUUGGGUUAGUUGUGAAGAUGAUGAUCAUGAGCUUAUUGUAAGAGAGCUUCUUGAUGAUGAUUCUCCUUUCUUUCUUCAUCUCCCAAAUCUUCACUCUUCUUCUACUAAUCACCAAACUAUUAGUAAUAAACUCAUCUCUACCGUUUAUUCUGGCCCAACAAUUCAUGAUAUUCAGAAUGCUUUAUCCUUCACAGCCCCCCACAACAAGAAUGAUCACUCACCAGCUGCUGUUUCACCACCCAGAAUUUCAAUAUUUGAAAGGGGUGUGAGCAAGAUGGAGAAUAACAAGUAUACUCUGAAGCUCAAGACCUGUGGCAAUGGGAUGGCUGACGAUGGUUAUAAAUGGAGAAAAUAUGGCCAAAAAUCUAUUAAGAACAGUCCAUUUCCUAGGAGCUAUUACAGAUGCACAAAUCCAAGGUGUAGUGCAAAAAAGCAAGUAGAAAGAUCAAGUGAGGAUGAAGAGACCCUAAUUAUCACUUAUGAAGGACUUCAUUUACACUUUGCCUACCCAUUUUUUCUAAUGGACCAAACUCAUGUUCCCAAUAAAAAACCCAAGAAAAGCUUAUCAUCAGAAGGUGAAGAAGAAGCCCAACAGAUCACAGCAGAAAAUAGGGCCCAAGAUCAAAGCCCAUCUCAAACAAAUGUAGCCCCAACUGGCCCACUUGAUGAAUCAGAAGGCCCACAAGGGCUGCUUGAAGAUAUAAUAGUGCCUUUCAUGGUUAGAAAUCCAAUUUCAAAUACAAAUAAUGCAUCUUCAGUUUCUUCUUCUUCUUGUUCUCCUCCUACUUCACCUUCUUCACUUUCUUGGUCUCCCACUUUUUCCUAUUCAUCUUUUGAUCUUGCCUUUAACACUUCCAUUAAUUAGCUUAGUCUACACAAUAUAUAUAGGGGCGGAACUAAAGAAGCAGAAUGAACGGUCGUCUGUCUGUUAGCAAUUAUAUUUGUUCAAUCUUUUCAUUUUAUUUUUGAAUCACCACUCGUUGUUCUUGUUUUAUAGUCAAUUAUAUAAAUUAAUGUAAUGAUAUAAAUUUAUAUAAAUGUCAGUAUUUACAUAGUUAUACAUAAUUAUAUAUUCACUCAA